AUGCCGGAUGAGAAGAAGGAAGAGUGCGUCCAGAAAGUGAAUGUUGAGUUGAAGAAACAGUAUGAGGACUACCGUCAAUGUAUAAAACGGCGAGAAGACGUUCUAUCGGAUGCAAACUAUGUUCAGGUAAUUACCCUCGCCAAAGGAGCAGAUACGACGUUGCCUUGCUUUCCAUGUGUUUCACCAGAAAAUGCUGUUGAAAUCGAGUCAACCUAUAAACCGUCAGCUGGGACAAUUGGCAGAGCUUUCAUAGCGGCUAUCGACUUUUUCAAAGAGAAGAUUCUUCGUGCUACUAGUAAGGUUCGGGAUGUCAACAAAUGGAAAUACGAUUGGCAACGUGCCCUAAUGGGCCAAGAAUGGCGUCCGCUCACGAAAAUGCAUGAGACUGGAAUGAGAGUGGAGAAAAUCGCUGAUAAAGUGAAACGAUUCCUCGCACGGGAUAACGCCAGAAUUCGUGUCGGUGAUAGGUACGAACUACGCAUUACGGCAGUUGAUCGCAAUAUGACCGGAUACUAUCGCUGCGUGAAUAAGCACGGGAAGAAUCGUGUCGUUUCAGCGAUGUACUACCUGGACGUCAUCAGUAGAGCGAACAUUAAAAUGGUGAAAUCGAAGCUUGAUAGUGUCCCAUCAGACGUUACCUUCAGCGAAAAAGAGAUCGGCGGAAAGUUGAGAGCUAGGCCUGUGAUUUCACCAUGGAGUGAAUGCAGCAAAUGUGGCGAAGAAAUUGGUGAACAGGCUCGAAGUAUUCAGUGCAUGAUUGAGGUACAUAUUGAUCCAAGUCUUUCUAGUUUUGCAGAAAACUGGAUGCUCAUCCGAAAUGCACGUUUGGAGCAUUUACUUGUUUUACAAACAGGUCAGCUGCACUAUCGCGCGCUGACUUUCGUGCACAAGGAGAGGCAGGAUGGUCUCAUGUAG